AUGCACUCUCCGUCGCUCAGGAUCGCUCUCCUCCUUGUUUGUGCAGGAUCUGCUCAUAUAUGUUUCCGAGCACCCAAUCCUCCACCCCCGUCUGAGCAGCAGCUCAAGAAGAGGAAUAUUUUCGAGAAGAAGGUUCGUUGGGUCACCUUCAGCUGCCAGCGGGCUUACUUUCGGACGUGCCUCGCGAAGGCUGGCGCUGCGCUCGCAGCUCUAUUUGAUGCUGCAGCGACAUAUGCGCUGAUGGAGGUCGAUCCAAUAUUCCUGUCGGGGGUCACCCUCAUGGUUUUGGGAUGCGUCCUCCGCAAAUGGUGUUACCGAACAUUGGGUCGUCUAUUCACUUUUGAAGUCAGCAUCGACCCUUCCCAUCGCCUCGUCACAGAGGGGCCAUAUGCAUAUGUCCGCCAUCCGAGCUACACCGGCAUUUUUCUCGUGCUCGCCGGUGCAACUACGGUGAUGUGCUCAAAGAACUCCUGGUUGCGACAGUGCGGAGUCAUGGAGAGGGGAGGUGCCGUAACGUUGAUCAUGUGGCUUGCGCUAUGCGCCUGGUCGGGGAAUUGUCUGAGACAGAGGUUGGAAGUGGAAGAUGGGGAACUGAAAGUUAAGUUCGGAAAGAUCUGGGAAGAUUAUGCUGCGCGGGUACCCUAUACGCUUAUCCCAGGUUUAGUCUAG